CCCGGCAGGUGCCCGCGCCUGAGCGAUGGAGGCGCCCCGCGCGCCCGGCAGCCCCCAGCCGGACCUGAAGCUGGUGGCGCACCCGCGGGCCAAGAGCAAGGUGUGGCGGUACUUCGGCUUCGACACGGACGCGGAGGGCUGCAUACUGCACUGGAAGAAGAUCUACUGCCGCGUGUGCCGGGCACAGAUCGCCUACUCGGGCAACACCUCCAACCUGUCCUACCACCUGGAGAAGAACCACCCCGAGGAGUUCUGCGAGUUCGUCAAGAGCAACACGGAGCAGAUGCGCGAGGCCUUCGCCAGCGCCUUCUCCAAGCUCAAGCCCGACGCCUCAGCCUCGGCCUGCGGUACACCGUGCUCACAGGAUGCCACGGGGGCGGGCGCCACGGGGAUGGGGACCACAGGGGUAGUGGCCCCGAAGCUGGUGGCCACGAAACCGGGGCCUGGCAUGGACAGCAGGAGGCAACAGGAGCUCACGGCUGCCGUGCUGGGGCUACUGUGUGAGGGGCUGUACCCCACAUCACUCGUGGACGAACCCACGUUCCGCACACUGCUGCGGGCGGCUGAGCCCAGGUACGAGCUGCCCGGCCGUGCCUUCUUCUCGGGCAGGGCCAUCCCGGAGCGCUACGCGGCUGUGCGCCACGCGGUCCUGCGGGAGCUGGCUGAGGCCGCCUGGUGCGGCGUGUGCAUGGACGUGUGGCCGAGCCGCAGCCAGAACCGCAGCUAUGUGACACUGUCCGUGCGCUUCCUCACACUGGGGCCGCCACACGGCCUGGCUGCCACGUCCCGCUGCCUGAAGACCUUCGAGGUGCCCGAGGACAACGCGGCCGAGGGCAUUGCGCGGCUGCUCUACGAGGCCUUCAUGGAGUGGGGCAUCGGCGCCAAGGUGGCGGGCGCGACCACGGACGCGGGCAGGGAUGUGGCCAAGGCGUGCUCGCUGCUCGACGUGGCCGUGCACGUGCCGUGCCUGGCCCGCACCUUCGAGGCCGCCGUGCAGCGCGCCCUGCGGCUGCCCAAGCUGGCGGGGCUGCUGGCGCGCUGCGGCCGGCUGGUGCAGUACUUUCAGCAGUCCCCCGUGGCCAGGGCGCUGCUGGUGGCCAAGCAGAAGCAGCAGGGCGCGGCCCCCCGCAUGCUGCGCAGCGACCGGGCGCCCCGCUGGGGCGGCACCCUGGCUAUGCUGCGGCGGCUGCAGGAGCAGCAGUUCGCCGUGGCCGGCGCGCUGGUGGAGGACAGCAACAACCACCACCUGCUGCUGGAGCCCGCCGACUGGGCCGCGGUCGAGGCGCUGGUGGAGCUGCUGCGGCCGCUGCAGCAGGUGGCCGAGAUGCUGCGCGCCUGCCGCUACCCGACCGUCAGCAUGCUGAAGCCGCUGCUGCACAUGCUGCUGAGCACCGCGCUGGCGCCCAAGGACUCGGACACCGAGGCCAUCGGCACGGCCAAGGAGCUCAUGGCCAAGGAGCUGGCCGCCACCUACCGCGAGGCGCCCGAGCUCGACAUGUUCCUCAACGUGGCCACCUUCCUGGACCCGCGCUACAAGCGGAUGCCCUUCCUGUCGGCCUUCGAGCGGCAGCAGGUGGAGAACCGCGUGGUGGAGGAGGCCAAGGCCCUGCUGGACAAGCUCCGGGCCGAGGCCUUCGUGCAGCCCGAGGACGGGGGCUUCGCGGCCGAGUCUGACGAGCCGGCAGCCAAGAAGCCCACCCUGGCCACAGCUGCCACGGCCACAGUGUCCACGGCAGCCGCAGCCACGCCCGGCAGCGCUGUCCACGACAUGCUGGCUGAGAUCUUCUGCCAGCCGGGCGGCGAGGAUGAGCAGGACGAGCGUCACGCGCAGGUGGUGGAGGAGCUGAGCAGCUUCAAGUCGCAGAAGGUGCUGGCGCUCAGCGAGGACCCGCUGCGCUGGUGGGCCGAGCGCCUGGCCCUCUUCCCCGUGCUGCCCCGGGUGCUGCAGAAGUACUGGUGCGUGGCCGCCACGCGCGCCCCUCCCGAGCGCCUCUUCGGGUCGGCAGCCAAUGUGGUGGCCGCCAAGAGGAACCGGCUGGCACCGGCCCACGUGGACGCGCAGGUCUUCCUGUACGAGAACGCACAGGCCGGCCUGGGCCUCGGGUGCGGGGCAGAGGUGGAGCCGGAGGAGGAGGACGAGGGCGAGUGGGGCUUGGAGCAGGAGCCGCCGUGUGUCCCGGCCGAGGGCCUGGCUGGUGGCUUCCUGUAGGAGAGGCCGAGGGACAGCCCUCGGGCGCGUGGCUUCAGGUGCAG